UCCCCAAAAGCACUGGCAACAAUUCCGGAAUCCAGCAAUCUCAGCAUGGUGAAAACUCAAAAGACACUCACUAAUCCCUCACUUUUCACCGAAAAGCACCUCCACCCUGUGUGCCACAGCUUCUCAUAUUUUGACUUUCACAAUUUCAAACACACAUUAAUCAAAAAAGGUUUUCCUUUUUCCCCAUUGCAUGGUUUCAUGUCUUUCUGCUCCCUCCAGUUUUCCCCUCAUUCCCACUUUCACACUUCUGGACUCUGAGAGAGAUAGUAAUGGGAGUUGUGACCAUUGCAGAACUGAAGCCAAGCGUUUCUGGGAAGAGGUCUUUUCGGCCCAGUUCCAGUGCCAGACAUGUUACAGAAUGGCCGAUAUCUGAUGUUACAAGUGAUCUUACAAUCGAGGUAGGCGGGGCUAGCUUCGCGCUUCAUAAGUUUCCUCUGGUUUCGCGGAGUGGGAGGAUCAGGAAACUCCUGGCAGAUGGGAAGGAAUCGAAGGUUUCGAGGCUGAAUCUUUCGGAUGUUCCCGGGGGAUCAGAGGCCUUUGAGCUGGCUGCGAAGUUCUGCUAUGGAGUAAACGUCGAGAUUUCGCUGUCGAAUGUUGGGAUGCUGAAAUGUGUGGCCAGUUUCCUGGAAAUGACAGAGGAAGUGUCAGAGAAGAACCUGGAAAUGAGGAGUGAAAUCUUUCUUAAGGAGAUUGUGCUGCCAAAUAUAUCGAACUGUAUAUCUGUUCUGCACAGAUGUGAAACAUUGUUGCCAGUAUCUGAUAAGGCGAAUCUCGUUGCCCGGUUGAUCAACUCGAUCGCGAAUAAUGCUUGCAAGGAGCAGCUAACUUCGGGUUUGUCCAAGCUGGACCAUAACUUCCCCUCGAAAGCCCACCAAAGUGUCGAUGUUGAUGCAGAAACCCCGUCGGAUUGGUGGGGGAAGAUGCUCACAGUCUUGAAUCUUGAUUUCUUUCAGAGGGUUGUUUCUGCAGUGAAAGGGAAGGGUUUGAAACAGGAUAUUAUUAGUAGGAUCUUGAUAAACUAUGCCCAGAAUUCUCUUCAGGGAAUCAUACUCAAAGACCCUCAGAUGGUUAAAGGAGGGUUCUUGGAUUUGGAUUUCCAGAAAAAGCAAAGGAUCAUAGUCGAAACCAUAGCCAGUUUGCUCCCAACACAAUCCCGGAAAAGCACUGUCCCAAUUGCAUUCCUUUCAAGCCUGUUGAAAUCUGCAAUUGCAGCCUCAACUUCCACUUCCUGCAGGUCUGAUCUGGAGAGGCGAAUCGGCCUGCAGCUCGACCAGGCGAUUCUCGAGGACAUCCUCGUACCUACUAAUCCACACGGGAAUAGCCACAGCCCUCUCUACGACACGGAUUCAAUCCUGAGGAUCUUCUCGUUUUUCUUGAACUUGGAUGAGGAUGAUGAUGAGGAUAGUAAUCCACUGAGGGAUGAAGCUGAAAUGGUUUAUGAUUUUGACAGCCCUGGCUCCCCCAAGCAAAGCUCAAUCCUUAAGGUGUCAAAACUCCUGGACAACUAUCUUGCAGAAGUUGCACUUGAUUCCAACCUCUCCCCUUCAAAGUUCAUAGCCCUUGCAGAGCUGCUCCCAGACCAUGCUCGCCUUGUUUAUGAUGGACUAUACCGAGCCGUCGACAUUUUUCUCAAGGUUCAUCCAAACGUGAAAGAUUCAGAACGGUACAGGCUCUGCAAAACAAUCGACUGCCAGAAGCUGUCCCAAGAAGCCUGCAGCCACGCCGCUCAAAACGAGCGGCUGCCGGUGCAAAUGGCGGUCCAAGUCCUCUACUUCGAGCAGAUCAGGCUGCGGAACGCCAUGAACGGCGGCCACAACAACCAACUCUUCUUCGGCUCAUCACUGCACAAUAACCAAUUCCCCCACCGCUCCGGCAGCGGCGCCGGGAGCGGCUGCAUCUCCCCCAGAGACAACUACGCAUCAGUGAGAAGAGAGAACAGAGAGCUAAAACUGGAAGUCGCCAGAAUGAGGAUGAGGCUAACGGAUCUGGAAAAAGAUCACGUCUCCAUGAAACAAGAGCUCGUGAAGUCUCAUCCAGCUAAUAAACUCUUCAAAUCGUUCGCCAAGAAACUCAGCAAACUCAACACGCUUUUUAGGAUAAAGGACUUGAGACCUUUGGGUGGAAAAGUUAACGCAGAAAGCCGUCUGCUUUUCCAGAAGAGAAGACGCCACUCCGUUUCUUGAUCUUCGUUUGAUUUGUUUGUGUGAAUAACAAUUGAGUGUAUGUAUAGUUUUUAGUUUAAUUUACUGGCCGGCCUGGUGUGAUCAUAUAUCUUACAUGCAUGAAUGCAAAUUUAAAAGCUCUGUUUUUG